AUGGACAUCCUGUACGUAUCAUUGUUUACGUCAGUCCUCAGAACCUUCGUCGAUCAAGAUUCCUGCGUCGCUCAAUUGGCACCUCUACAAGCUAGUCUAGUGACCUUCAUUAAGCCCACAAACAAGAACACUGAACCCAUCACGCCCACAAACAAGAACACUGAACCCAUCACGCCCACAAACAAGAACACUGAACCCAUCACGCCCACAGAGAACACUGAACCCAUCACGCCCACAAACAAGAACACUGAACCCAUCACGCCAACAAACAAGAACAUUGAACCCAUCACGCCCACAGAGAACACUGAACCCAUCACGCCCACAAACAAGAACACUGAACCCAUCACGCCCACAAACAAGAACACUGAACCCAUCACGCCCACAAACAAGAACACUGAACCCAUCACGCCCACAAACAAGAACACUGAACCCAUCACACCCACAAACAAGAACACUGAACCCAUCACGCCCACAGUCACCGACACCUUCAUACCUAUAAACAAGAAUAUUGAUUCCAGGACACCCACAAACAAAGCCAUUGGAACUAUUACACCCACAAAGAACAAGGAAACCCAAUGCGCCCACAAACAAGGUAAAUGA